AUGGGGCCUGGAGAUGUCAAGGAACACAGCGCGGCCUCAGCCGCUGUAUACGACCAGCUGCCCCUCAGGACAUGGGACGGGGAAAUGCCAGCGCAAAACCCCGAUAGAAACCACUCAGCUACCUCUUCUGGCGCUGUGGCGGGGGAGAGUAAAGCCAACCCUCCAAGCAACAGUGUUGGCUCCGAUCGUCCAAAAGACGUAGUGAAACUACCAGAAUCCGAACGCAUGCAGUUGUACCAAAGGCAUGAGCUGCUCGUUGACCAGCACGAGAAGAUCGACUACAGCUUGCAAGUCAUUCUGGAUGAAAUCGCCUCCCUGAAGGCGCAGGCCGCAGAAGAGAAUGACUUGAAUGUGCUGAUGGUGCAGUUUAUUGUCAUGGCUGUGAAGUUACUUGUGGAAGCCGCUUUCAACAAGGACAAGGUGGAGGAGUUGCUGCCUACACUUGAGGCAGAAUUCCAGCGAUUGCAGCUACCAUCUCGGCACCCACGGCUCUUGGCGUGCUUCAAUAGGCUGCGCGAAGUUUGCGGCAAGCCGCCCGUAACUGAGAGUGACUUGGCCACAAAAUUAGUGGUUGUUUCAGUGACUGAUGCAGAUGGUGCUCCGCCCAGCAAGAGCUCGCCCGUAAGCAAGCCCUUCUCAGGCCAAGAGGUAGCACCAGCAGCAGCGGCUGCUGCUACUGCUGCUGAGCCAUCGGUCGCAGGCGCCAGCCGAAGGGAUGCGCCAGCCCGCUCUGGGGGCCUCGUGGACGAUUCUGAGGACGAGAAGAGGAGUUCUUCUCCGCUUGGAAGCAAAGAUUUCCCUGCUGUUGUUGUGCACGACAGCAACUCUGGCGAGCCCCCUGCUGCAAAGCCAGCAGAACUGAUGCCUUCUCGCUCCCUUGAUUCAGCCUUUAGGAGGGAGCCAGUGUUCACGCCAGGAGAACGGCGCAGAACAGCCACCGCAUUUGGUGACGGAGACUUGCCGUUAUUUCAACAAUUCGCUGCAGCUGGAGCGGCGCCUGCGCCUGAUGAGUGUCAGGGGUUGGGCAAGCCUUUGGACACAGCUCUGCUGAGCCAAGCUCCGAAGGGAACUCUGAUGGAUCGCAUGCUGGUUGAGGAGGCCGUGGUCCGUGAGGCGCAGGAGUUGGAGAUGGAAGGAGACUUGAGUGGCUCCGGCUCCAGUGAAAUGGGGUAUAUGGACGCGGUUCAGAGAAACAGCCUUCAGAGCGGGUCUCGCGGCAGCCUUUACAGAGACUGGGCCUCAGAGAGAAAUGGCAAGAGGGCGGAGUCUGGCCCGGACUUGGGCGCUGAUGAAGGACCAUCGGAACUGGGGGAUUCCACAAGAUCUGUAAAAGCAUUGAGCACCUUCGGCGAGGGGGGCUCGUUUGAUGGCUUACUGAAACACGCCACCACCAUUCUUUCCAUGUCACCUUCCGAGUUAAGGGCUGCGCUGUUGCGGAGCACGCACGGGGCUAAGUCUGACGGCGCGCUGCGUGUGCGGCAUGCCCAUCGCGUUGUGCACGAAGACGAGCUCUCGGGUCGUUUGGAUUCAGAGGGGCCUCCGGCUCCCAUGCAUUCGCUAGCGGCUGGCAACAGCAAGGACCACAUACAGCUACUUCAAGAUGCAAUGGUGGCGGUGGCUGUUGCUGCUGCUGGGGAGCUGCGUGAAAGAAGCAAGGAGAAAACGAAGACGGAGCGGGCAAAGGAGGGGCAAGCCGUCAACAACGGCUCCAGUCCAAGUCGAGGGGAAUCCGGAAAUAGAAGUAAGGCUGCUGCAGCUGUUGUUCCGGCGCAAGGGAAUGGUAACGCUCAAAAGAUGCAGACGACAGCGCAACAGGCUGGCGCCCUGAAAGUGCCACAGUGUAAAGUACUUGGAGCUGAGUCCGGUGCUUCUGACAAGGCACUGCCACCCUCACGUGCUGGAGAGAAUGGGCGGUGUGGUGACCUGUUUGGGGCAUCAGUUGUCGGUUCUCCUAUCACGGGCCGCACGGCCCCUCCGCCAACACCGGACAUGUUGGCGAAUCCGAAGAGGGAGGAAGCGGCAGCUCCUGCGUCGGCGCAGGAGUUCCCCUUUCAGAACGCUGGAAUGUAUUUGCCGGCAAAUCAACUUGCUUGGCAGCAGUUUUUCGACAAAGCGGCGGCGUCCGUGAUGCAGCGCAGAGAAAGGGAGUACUUGGAAAGCCAGGCAAUGGCCCAAGGCCAGUGGAUAGGGCAAACUGGAAGCGUUCCCCCUGUCUACUCGGCAGCCAUGAGCUACUCUGUGCCCGGAACUAGUGUAACAGAAACAGACGCCGCGUUAGGACGGGGUGUGGUUCCCGUGGGGGCGCCGGCUGCCUUCCAGCCGAGCAUGGCAAUGGGGCCCACAGCUCAAGGUCUGGUGGACCCGGCCUAUGUUCCGCCUGUUGUGUCUCCCUUGCCCGCUGUGAAGAUUGCUGUGCCGAAGCCGCCAAACGCAGGUCCGGCGCACUGCGGGUCGGGGAAGCAGCAGGUGGUGGCUUCAAGGGUUCAUGCACAGCAGGUCAGAGCACCUGAAGUGGCUUCGCUAAACGCCCCUAUUAUAGUGUCCCAGGAUAACACCUUUGAAACUCCACGAACUGAAGGGAACUGGGUGUGCUGCCGACGCGUGCAGCGAGACGGAAACAAAAACGGAAAAGCAGCCAACCAGUUACGUUGA